AUGGAACCCCUUAAAACUCUCAUUGACUCAGGAGCCACAUCAAACUUCAUCUCCCCCUCAAUUGUGGAAAAAUAUAAAAUACCAAAAACCCAACUUGAAAAUCCACAAGUUGUGAGAAUGUUAGAUGGUACUAUAUCUCAGACUGGUCGCAUUUGGCACCAGGUUCACCUUGCGGUUUUGGCCAAUGGCCAUUCCCACUCUAUCCCCUUCCUAGUCUGUCCUAUUGGAAACACACCCGCCAUACUUGGUAUGACAUGGCUUACCCAGGAGUCACCCCUCAUAGAUUGGAACCAAGGCACUAUCACCUUCCCCAACCAAGUCCAAAUAGCCUUGGAGGAGGAAGCAGAUCCCAACCCAUUAGCCGACUUGCCCAUAGAAUACCAUGAAUUUGCUAAGGUAUUUGGCGAAGAGGAGUUUAAGGUCCUUCCCCCACAUAGGGAAUAUGAUAUCUCAAUUGAUCUAACGCCCGACGCCAAACUCUCCCCCGGACCUAUCUACGGCAUGACCGAUGCAGAAUCCAAGGCACUCAAACAACACAUUGACGAGGAAUUGGCAACAGGCAAAAUCCGCCCUAGUACCUCCUCGGCAGGCGCUCCGGUCAUGUUUGUAAAAAAAGCAGAUGGCUCCCUCAGAUUGGUCGUUGAUUACAGGAAGUUGAACGAGGUUACCCACAAAAACGUCUAUCCCCUACCAAGACAGGAUGACCUCAUGGCAAAACUCAGGCACGCUAAGAUCUUUACCAAGUUGGACCUACAAUGGGGCUACAACAAUGUACGCAUCAAGGAAGGAGAUGAGUGGAAGACGGCCUUUAGAACCAAAUACGGCCUCUUUGAAUAUCUAGUCAUGCCAUUUGGCCUCACCAAUGCCCCUGCAGCGUUUCAACAUUUUAUGAACAAUCUAUUCAGGGACCUGAUUGACGUAACCGUGGUAAUUUACCUAGACAACAUCCUCAUCUUCUUGGAGAAAACAGAAGACCAUCCGGCCCAUGUCAGAGAGGUACUAUCCCGUCUCAUGAAGAACCAACUGUUCUGCAAGUUGUUGAAAUGCCACUUCCACGUGACCACCAUCGAGGCUGUCACCUCUUGGCCCACGCCCAGAACGGUUAAACAGGUCCAGGCCUUCCUAGGAUUCGAAACCCCUUGGUCAUGGGGUAACCUAGAGGAAGUAGCGUUCCAGGAGUUGAAGUCCCUUGUUACCCGGUCGCCUGUCCUCAUUCAUUCUAACCCGGACCUCCCUUACUACCUUGAAACGGACGCCUUGGGAGUAGCCAUGGGAGCCAUACUCAGUCAACAAGGCCCAGAUAAUCGGUUGCACCCCAUCGCCUACAUGUUGAAAUCUUUCUCAGGAGCCAAAGCAAAUUACGACACCCAUGACAAGGAGCUCCUGGCAAUUAUCAAGGCAUUAGAGGAAUGGCGAAUUUUCCUAGAGGCAACGGACAGACCAAUCCAGGUUUUCACAGAUCAUAGGAACCUGGAAUAUUGGAUGCAGGCACGGACAUUUAACAGAAGGCACGCACGUUGGCGGAUCUUCCUGAGCAACUUCAACUUUGAGAUCCACUAUCGCCCAGGGAAACAAUCAGGAAAACCGGAUGCUCUCUCCAGAAGAUUGGAUUACAUUGAUAUGACACCAGAGCCAGAAGUCAUGUUGCCUGCAGAAGUCUUUGCCAACACGUCAGAAGAAGAACUGGAAAUUGUCACGGAGAUCCGCGCCAAGCUUAGGGAAGACCCAUCCCUUGAUCCCAUUAUCCAAUUCCUCACAGAAGAUGCGGACAAUGCUCCCCCUUCAAUUUGUAAGGCAUACAGAGAUUAUGACUGGGAAGAAGACCUCCUCUGGUACCGCGGUAAACUAGUUGUCCCAGACUCGGAAACCCUGAAGGAACAACUACUCAAGGAAUUCCACGACUCACCCCUGGCAGGGCACCCUGGACAGCAAAGAACCCUGGAGCUCCUAAGCCGCAACUACUGGUGGCCGGGUAUGAAGUCAUCCGCCAAGGAAUGGGUAGAAUGUUGUCCUACCUGUCAAGCCAAUUGCCGCGCUCACGCCCCUGUCAUUGCCCUGAAACCCUUAGAAGUCCCCCCUUUCCCGUUCCACACAAUUUCCUACGACUUCAUCACAGGAUUUCCCAAGUCUAGUGGGCACGACGCAAUUUUGGUAGUAAUUGACUCCUUCUCCAAGUUUGGACAUUUCAUCCCAACUUCCAAAAAGGUCACCGCAAAGGGUCUUGCUGACUUGUUCAUUGCUCACGUCUGGAAACUCCAUGGAUUACCAGUCAAAACCAUCUCAGAUUGGGGAACUACCUUCACAGGAAAAUUCUUGAGGGCAUUAUAUCAGCAACUCGGGGUCAGACCAGCAUUUUCCUUGGCUUACCACCCAGAAUCAGACGGACAAACGGAAAGGGUCAACCAGUUUAUCAAGUUCUACCUGCGCUCAUACGUUGCAGCCAACCACUCUGAUUGGGCCGCGUGGCUACCAUUGGCAGAAUAUGCAUACAAUAAUGCCAAACAUGCAGCAACCGGGAAAUCACCAUUUGAACUUGUCUAUGGACGAAACCCAGUCAUGAACCCGUCCAACGUACCAGCCAACGUUCCAGAAGCAGACGCAGUAGCAGAUACACUAGCCCGGGAGUGGAAAGAAGCGGAAUCAGCCCUCCAAAUGAGUAAAGAACGUAUGACCAGAAGUCAAGGAGUAAUACCAGAGUUUUCAAUAGGCAAAAAAGUCUGGCUGGAUGGAAAGAACGUGGACCUUAGGACCAAUUCAAAUAAGCUGGACCCAAAACGCCUUGGUCCCUUCAAGGUCAUAGAAAAAAUCUCCAGCCACGCCUACUGCCUGGAACUACCGGAGACUCUAAAAAUCCAUAACGUCUUCUAUGUUGGGCUACUAUCAAAAAGCCACGAGUCACCCAGUCAGCCAUUCCCAGAACAACCUCCCCCUGAGACAAUAGAAGGGGAAGAAGAAUACGAAGUCGAACAAAUCAUUGACUCUAAACGCCAACGGGGAAAAUGGUUCUAUUUGAUUAAAUGGAAAGGAUAUGGUCCGGAGGACAAUUCAUGGGAACCGGAGGAGCUAUUGGAACAUAGCCAAGAAGAGAUCAAACGCUUCAACCAAGCAAGACUCAGAAAGGCUCGUGACGCCGCCAAGAGCCUUUAA